AUGGGCACACUUCUAUCUGUUGCUACAGUUCUCAUCCAAGAACAAAAGACAAUAGAGAACCAAUCGAAGUCGCCACUGCUACGUUUGCCCGCCGAAUUGCGCAACCAAACCUAUGAGACAGCCUUCUCUGGGGGCAGGAUUCGAGUACGAGUAACUAACAUCCAUACCAAAGACGUCCACACUCAACAGACAGCCGGCGCAUUGGCUCUCCGAGCUACCUGUCGCCAGAUCCGCUCCGAGUCCGACUCUAUCUUCUAUGAGCAGUACAUCUUCUACUUCUCCAAGACCAACAAAUUCGAGCCGAUCGACAUCGCCAAGGGCUUCAUGAUAGACAACUAUCAGCGCAUCGAGCGGAUUGCUGUCAACCUUCGGCUAGGCUUCUUCAUCUGGCUUCAUAUGGAUGAUGAGAACCCCAACGAACUUGACAGGCUGUUCCCUUGCCUCAAACACUUCUAUACGCUCAAGCCUGCACUUGUGAUCACUGCUAUGGCGCAUGCAUUCGGCAAAACGGAUCUCGAGAUUCAUGAGGCCAAGUUCUUGAUGGAGGACGAGGACUUUUUGGGGGAUGAAGAUGAGGAAGAUGAUAAGGACGAUGAGUAG